AUGGCCCUGGAAGAGAAAAACAAACGGAAGAAAAAGAGGAGUGCGCGGGAGGGAGAGAACCCGGAGGACGGCGCUUGUGGGAAUCUGGCAGGAGACUAUGAGGUUGGACAAGUCGCCAGUAGUUUAUUCCACGGCAAGCGGCCCUCCAGAGGCAGCACGGGUCGGCUGGCUUCCCUCUUCGGCUCUUUGGAGCCUCAGCUUCAACCCGUGUAUGUGCCUGUGCCUGAAGAAACCACCAAAAAAAGGAAACGGGAUGAGGAGGAAGAAAGUUCAUCCCAAAUCCAAAGACCGCUUUUGCAAGAACCUGCCAAAAAAAUGAAACUGAAGAAGAAACUUUCUGAUGCAGACCGAAAGUUGGCAAACAGAGAAAAUGCUUUAGCAAGUGCUGAUUUAGAAGAAGAAAUUCACCAGAAACAAGGGAAGAAAAGGAAAAAUUCUCAAUCUGGUGUUAAAAUUGCCGAUAAAGAAGUACUUAAUGAUGGAGAUCAGACAGUUGUAAAUCAAAGAAAGAAAAUUCAAACCAACCAAGAAGAGAGAUUAAAGAAUGAGAGAACUGUGUUUGUUGGGAAUUUGCCUGUCACCUGUAAUAAGAAGAAGCUGAAGUCAUUUUUUAAAGAGUACGGACAGAUAGAAUCUGUACGAUUUCGUUCUCUGAUUCCAGCAGAGGGAAUUUUGUCCAAAAAGUUGGCAGCAAUAAAACGUAAAAUUCAUCCUGAUCAGAAAAAUAUUAACGCUUAUGUUGUGUUUAAGGACGAGAGUGCUGCUACAAAAGCACUGGAAAGAAAUGGGGCCCAAAUUGCAGAUGGAUUUCGUGUUAGAGUGGAUCUUGCAUCUGAGACCUCAUCUAGGGACAAGAGAUCUGUAUUUGUGGGGAAUCUCCCAUACAAAGCUGAAGAAUCUGCAGUUGAGAAACACUUUCUGGACUGUGGGAACACUGUGGCUGUAAGGAUCCUGCGGGAUCAAGUUACAGGAGCCAGCAGAGGCUUUGGCUACGUGCUCUUUGAGAAUACAGAUGCUGUUCAUCUUGCUCUGAAAUUAAAUAACUCUGAACUGAUGGGAAGAAAACUCAGAGUCAUGCGUUCUGUCCAUAAAGAAAAAUUAAAACAAAAUUCAAAUCCUAGUUUGAAGAAUGUCAGUAAACCUAAGCAGGGACCUAAUUUUUCUUCAAAAAAUGCACAACAUUCUAAAACUUUGUUUAUCGGAGAAAAAGCUGUUCUCAUGAAGAAGAUAAAGAAAGGACAGAAGAAAAGUGGACGAACUAAGAAACAGAAAAAACAAAAGUAG